UCUUUUUUUUAGAGAGAGAGAAAAAAAGAAUAUAAGAAGGUUAUAUUUACAAAGAUGUGUAAAUUGUUUGAUAAUAAAUUCUGCAAUUAUUGUUAUCAAUUAUUAUUUUCUAUUUUUGCCCUCUAAAAAAAAAGAGAGAAAAAAAAAAUAAUAAUAUAAUGGCAGAGAAAAAAUCAAAUGCAAAUCAUACAAAUGCAAAUGAAAAUUCUUCCAAUCAAUCGGAUAUAACAAAUAAUUUACCAACAAAAUCGCAAUUUUCAUCGACAACAACAACAACAACACGAUUAACGUCUUUUCUUGCGCCACGUGAUUUAACACUUGGUGGUAAUUCAAUUAAAUUUGAUAAACCAAAAAAAGUUUAUACACCAAAUUUAAAUGCUCAACGAAAAAAGAAAGAUGACGAAUCCGAUGUUGUGCAAAAAAAUACAAAAAAUCCAAAUAAUAAAAAUCACAAAGGAAAAGGUAGAGGAAAAGGACAUCAUGAUUGGAAAAAGAAUAAAAAUUCAAAUGUUAUUCAGUCAGCGGGAGUUUUUGCUGAAGGUUUCGCUGAUAGUCCACGAUCGAGAGCAAGAUUUUCAGGCUAUCGUGAUUCAAAUGAUCGAUGUUCAACGCAAGAAUUAUUACAGCGACCAAAAUUAAAUGCAAAUCGUAUUGUUGAUAAAAAAGAGGAGGAGGAAAAAUUAAAAUUAUUAUUACGCGAUAAUUUCAUUGACAAUGAUGACGAUGAUGAUGUUGGGGAAUUUGAAAAUCAAAAUUGUCCCAUUGUAUUGCCAAUAAUAUCGUCGGAGGGUAAAUUAUUUAAAAAAGAGAUAAAAGUUGAGGCAGACAAUGAACAAAUUGAAAAUAAUGUUGGAGAUGAGAAAAAGAAGACUGGUUUUGUUAAAACUGACAAAAAAAAACCCCUUGGAAAGGAAAAAUUCCGCAAAGAUGUGAAAGAUGAGAAAAAAGUACCAUUAAAUAUUACCCAAUGUUUGGAAAACAAGACAAAUGGAUAUUUUCUUAUUCGGUUUACAGACUGUUUACCGGGAGAACCAGUUGAAAACGAAGAAGAAGACAGUAGACAACGAAAAAAUGUGGAUACAAAAUCAAAAACAGAAAAUGUUUUCGAUAAUCUAAAGGAAGGCUUUUUAGGAAAAUUACAAAUUUUAAAAUCCGGAGCCGCAAGAUUGUGCCUUGGAAAUCAUAAUCUCUCAAUUGAUCUUGCGCCACAAGUAUUUUUUCGCGAGGAUGUUGUUGUCACAAAAUUGGACAAUGAAAAUAUAAACGGAGAGCUCAUUAAUCUAGGACCUGUUCAUACUAAUUUAAUUUGUACUCCCGAUUGGGAGAGUCUCGUUAAGCUGUAAAUUUAAUAAAUCAUUUCUAUUAUAAAAAAAAAAAUUUGCUAUUUUCUAAUU